UCACAUGACUGAGUUUGAGGGAAGGCCAUGGGUACCGCAACGUUUGCGUUGUUGGACUCGCGUGGAGCCUACCUUUUAUGCAAGUUAUGUUUUUAUUCUCAAAAUCUUUAUUGUAACGUUAAUGUAGCCUACUCUGGAAUAUUUUGUAGCAUUUUAUUUUAACUUGAAUUUGAAGCAGAUUGACUGGGUCAAUUUGCAUUGUGGACUUUGCACGGACAUAAACGAAGUUGUGUAACGUUUCGUUAUUGAAAAAUGACUUUUUCCAGAGCCUACGCCUUUUGACGUUACGUUAUAUCCUUUCUGCAGCUGUUGAAUAUAGCCUAUAUUUAAUCCCUAGUCACAAGGCUGGAAUUGGAACAGAAGGCUGGAAGUUCACAGACAACCUGAAAAAUGCAUUUGGUGGUCCGACGAUACAGGCCCUCCGACAAGGAUGCUGUGUUAACCCUGUUCAGUGAUGGCAUCUUGGAGCACAUCAACCCUUCGUUCUACAACGCCAUUAGCAACCCUGUCAAUGUGGGCGUCACCCUAUUCCUUUCUGUGGCUGGGUACAUGCUGGGAGGUGGGUCUACUCUCUGGGCCUUGCUGUUGGCUGGAUCCUGGGUAGGUCUGGUCUACUACUGCUGCAGCCAACUGUACGCCAGUUACGUCAGAGAGAGGCUGCGUACGGACAUGCAGGACAUUCCAGGAUGCUACCUGAGCCACCCCGACAACUGCUUCUGGGUGGCUGAGACUGAGGUCAACGGCAGGGUUGAGAUUUUAGGUAUGGUGGCCGUGGUGGGCAGAAGAGACGGGGAGAUGUGCGGUGAACUAUUCAGGAUGAUUGUAUCAUCGAAGUGUCGUCGGACAGGGCUCGGUUACAGGAUGACCCAGACCGUUAUUGACUUUUGUAAAGAGCGAGGGUUCUCUAAGGUCGUCCUGGAAACCAGUUCCAUCCAGACUUCUGCAGUGGCCCUGUAUAAGAAACUGGGCUUCUCGCACAUCCUGUCACACACCAAGACGUAUUCUCCUGAAUGGAUGACAAUUAUAUCCCGAGUCACCAUUCUGAAGAUGGAAAAAGUCAUAUAGGCCUUCCCAUGAUUUGGUAUAGUAAGUGUUAAGAUGUGCCUCUUUUUGGUUCUGAAGCACAGAUUAGAUGUCUUUGAGACAAGAAUUUGAUGCAAUACCGUAGGCCUAUAUUAGUAACUAGAUCGAAUAAGCAAAGGUCAAAAUAUAAAAUGGUAUAAUGUAGCCUAUUGAAAUAUUUUAGAAAAAUAUGUAUUUUCCCCAUUCAGUUUCACACUCGUGAGUCGCGACCCCCGCAAAACAUUCUCAUGGAGGGGGGUUGGGAAACUGCUCUCUCAUUGCCACCACCAGCUAAAGAGUUUUCUCCCUAAUCGUCUUCCCUAUGACCCAUGGCUCUCCAAACCUGUUCCUGUAGGUUUUCACUCCAACCCCAGUUAUAACUAACCUGAUUAGGGUUUAUCAAUCAGCUAAUUAUUAGAAUCGGGUGCACUAGAUUAGGGUUGGUGUGAAAAUCUACAGGACGUAGGUAGUUCUCCAGGAACAGAAUUGGAGCGCCCUAUAUAUAUAUACUAUGACCUAUAUAUACUAUAUAUAUAUAUAUAUAUAUAUAUAUACUAUGACCUAUAUAUACUAUAUAUGACCUAUAUGUACUAUAUAUACUAUAUGACCAAUAUGUAAUAUAUA